GUCCUGAAAUCGAAAGCACCCGCGUUGUCUUAAAAGCUCCCCGACAGAAUGCGCGACCUCGUGGGGCCCCCGCCGUGUGUUUUACGAGAGUCCGCGAAAUACGGUGUUCCCCCAGACUGAUGAACAUAGCUAUUGUUGUUUGAGCUAUAUGCUUUAGUCAUGAGUAACGUAACGGCUAUAAAAUUGGAAGAGGGACAAGAAUCUGUCACCGAGAUACAAACUUACUUGGAGACAUUUAAUAAAGAGAUAGAGGGAGGACAGGGUGAACAACUACAACAUGUGCAAUUGCAACAAGUGGAAGCAUUAUCUGGCGGAGAAGAGGGUGGGACAUACUUUGUUGAUCAGUCUGGUCAAUAUUAUUACCAGGCAAAUAGUGACGAACCGCCUGUAAUGACACAGGUACAGAUACAAGAAGUAGAAGAGACUGAUGUACAAAACGAAGGCGAGACGACUCAAGAUGAACAGUAUCAAGAGAUAGAAGAGCUUGAAAACGCUGAAGGUGACGAAGAUGGACAAGUGAACGGUGAAAACAAUCAAGUUGUAAUUAACUCUGGUGAUGCAUAUCAAACUGUCACGAUUGUACCAUCCGAUACAAAUCCUGGAGAAGUUAGUUACGUUCUGAUAGUUCAGCAACCUGAAUCUGAAGAUAAAGAGAGUAAAACCGCGGAAGAUGAAGCGACGACAGUGACAGCAGCGGCUGCAGCAGCUGAGGGAGAAGAAGCAGAAGGUGAACAAGAUCUCACUGUGUAUGAUUUCGAAGACAAUGAAGACAAUGAAGCUCCAGUGGAAUCUGAGGCAGAAGAUGAUAAGACUAAAAUCAUUAAGUUCCUCCCAAAGAAAUCUCAAACCGUAACGCAGGCUCAUAUGUGCAACUACUGCAACUACACCAGCCCAAAACGAUAUCUUUUGUCACGGCAUAUGAAAUCGCACUCGGAAGAAAGACCACAUAAAUGUAGUGUUUGUGAGCGAGGAUUUAAAACUCUAGCUUCACUUCAGAAUCAUGUCAACACUCAUACUGGGACCAAACCUCAUCAUUGCAAAUAUUGCGAGAGCGCAUUUACCACUUCCGGUGAACUUGUAAGACAUGUUCGUUAUAGACACACUCAUGAAAAACCGCACAAAUGUCACGAGUGCGAUUAUGCUUCUGUCGAGUUGUCAAAACUGAAGAGACAUAUUAGAUGCCAUACAGGCGAACGACCCUAUCAGUGUCCACAUUGUACAUAUGCAAGUCCAGAUACAUUCAAACUGAAACGACAUCUUCGCAUUCAUACUGGUGAAAAACCAUAUGAAUGCGACUUUUGUCAAGCCAGAUUUACUCAAUCCAACAGUUUAAAAGCACAUAAAUUAAUACAUAAUGUAGGCGAUAAACCAGUAUUUCAAUGCGAGUUAUGCCCAGCUACAUGUGGCAGAAAAACAGAUCUUAGAAUUCAUGUGCAAAAAUUACAUACUUCUGACAAACCACUAAAAUGCAAACGUUGCGGAAAAACAUUCCCGGACAGAUAUAGCUAUAAGUUACACAGCAAAACUCACGAAGGAGAAAAAUGUUACAAGUGCGAUCUGUGUCCGUAUGCAUCUAUAUCGGCGCGUCAUUUGGAAAGUCAUAUGCUUAUUCAUACUGAUCAAAAGCCGUAUCAAUGUGAUCACUGCUUUCAAUCAUUUAGACAAAAACAGUUACUCAAACGGCAUUGCAAUCUCUACCAUAAUCCUUCCUACGUUCCUCCACCGCCACAAGAAAAGACGCAUCAAUGUCCCGAAUGCGAGAGAGCAUUUAGACAUAAAGGUAAUCUUAUUCGACAUAUGGCCGUUCAUGAUCCGGAAUCAUCUCUGCAAGAAAAACAGCAAGCUCUUAAAAUCGGCAGACAGAAGAAGAUACAAAUCAUUGACGGUCAACGUGUUGAAGUAAUGACAGGUUAUGACGAUGAAGAAGAGGAGGAAGACGAGGAUGACAUGAUGGCAGUUCAAGGCAGUGACGGUCAGCAAUACGUUGUGCUAGAAGUGAUCCAGUUGGCGGACAAUCAAGGAACUGAUCAGAUGGCUGUCGUCGCGAGUGAAGAUGGAGAGUUGGUAAUGCAAGAUCCAUUAACUCAAGAAAAUAGCAUAGUAACAGGAACAGGGGAAGACAUUGAUGAAGUAGAAGAAGACGAAGAUAUAGAAAUGCAAGAUCUAAAGAUAGAACCCUCUACUCCAUCGAAAUCAACGCAGAACUCACAAAAUGAUCCUAAACUGCAAAAGGAAAUGGAAACUUGUUUUGGGUUUGAUGAGGAAGAAGAGGAGGAAGAAAGCGGUAACAAUAUAAACAUGUUACAGACAAUUUCGUAAUAAUAAGUAUAAUGGAAAAUUGUACCUAUUCGAUAGUCCAAUGUUUCACUUCUGUCCCAGUGUUAGUAUAAUAUUCUUAAAAAAAAAAAAAAUAAGGAAAAUUAGACAAUAAGAGCCAAAGCGCACUUGACAAUUUUCCUUAUUUAGAUUGUACAUCUUAUCAUAAUUAGUUUUAAAACAAAAAAUUAUUAUAGUCGAGAAAACUAUAUAUAUUGUGUAUAAUAAAUCUGAAUGCAAUGUAUUAUCUAAAAAUACUUUGCAUAGCUCUAAAUAGGGGGCUGCAGUGUGAUUCACAUGCAUGGUACAAGAACUUUUUUUUUUUGCCGUUAGCGCACUAGGUACACAUAAUAAUUUAUGAAAAUAUUGUAGUUUUGUGGUUUAGCAAAAUAUCAAGCAAAUGUACAAUUAUGAUAUUGUAAAAUAUUAUUACAUUAUGAUUAUUACAUUAUCGUCAAUGAGAGAAUUUCGUAAUAUGACAUUAACAAAGUUAGAUAAGAUCGCAUAUGUUAAUUAUAAGAAAAUAUAUUAACAUCUUGGCAUAAUAUUUUUAAACAUGUUUAUUUAUAACUUUGAUGUAGAAGAUCGUUAUGUCUUUAACUAGAUGUCUGCAACUAAUAUCAAUUUUGAAGAGUUAAGGUUAGUUUAUAAAGCUGAAACUAAUAAAAAAAAAUAAUAUUAAAACAGAGGUUACAAUGUAAAUAAAUGUUAUCUUCGUAUCUCGAUUUAGAAACCAUUUUAAAGUUUCAGCGUAGAUAAGAGAGAUCAAGAGGGAAGCGAUGAAUUUAACUUUAAAAAUAUUUUAUAUUUACUACAGUCAUUUUUUCUUAUGUUAAAAGGUCAGAAACUAAUGGAGAGUAUUGCAAAUUGUAAUAUGUAAGUUGUAAUAUGUUGGUUUCAACGGUUCACGUGCAUUACAUUUAAAAAAUGUAACAUUUUCAUUUGUAAUAGAAAAAAAUUAUAUUUUGUCAAACGAGAGGGUAAUGUAACUUAUUUUUUAUUCUUUGAUCAAAAUAUCCUUUUUAUUUGCAACGCUAAUUCGAAAAUGGUUUAUGUAUAACAUUUUCUGGCAAACUUCUAUGUGUAUAAUGUAACAUUAUUUUUACAAUAGUAUAUGAAAUAGACAUAUAAUUAUUGAAACUUAUCUUAGAAUGUUUUAUAAUCGCACUGUUCAUGUUCUCUAACAGUACUAUUAUAAAAUUAUCGAAAGUUAUGUCACAUCUUGUACUAAGCAAUCUUUGAUAUAUACUAAAUACAUAUAAAUGUUUAAUCACAACCUCGCACGUAGUGUUUCCAGUUUAAUUUAGGGCAUGAUACUCGAAUCAAAACGAAGCAUGCAUUAUAAAAUGAUUUUAUGUGUGUAUUUAUUUAAAAAUAAGUGUCUGAUUAUUCUGUUGUUUUAGAGUAAGUCCUAUAGGAAUGAAAUUGUUGAAUCAAUGAAAUUUCUUUUUUCUGUAAGAAACAGAUCGUGUGCUCAUGCCUUUUUAUUCCAAACUGGAAAUAUAUUUCAGUAAAAUCGAUAACAUUGCUAUAUUAAAAUGAUAUGACACACGUAUCUUCAUGAAUACAUCGGAAUGAAGAAAAGUGUAUAAUUAAUGCUCGUACAACGUUGCUCAUGAAAUAAGUUAUUCCGCUUAUCUAGUAGGCGAAACGAUCAUUGUAAAAAGUAUGUACAAUUUUUUUACAUACACGAAUUGUACAAUUGUGAGGGAGAGAGGGGGAGGGGGAGAUAAUUUAGUAAUCAAUUAUUGUAUGCACUUAAAAUUCUGCACUUUCUUACAUUAUCCCAAAGAAAAAACAAACGGUGUAACAUUCUCUCGAUAAUAAACAUUAUCUUGUCGACAA